ACGCACGAUUUUCUAAUGACUACGACCUAUUACGACUGAGCAAGAUCAGCUGUUUCGUUAUUUUGUUCUUUGGAACCACUUUGGAACUACGGGCACUACGGACAGACGACAGACUGACAUUUGGCAAAAAAGUGUUCAGCUUUUCGUCGUGAUUGGGAGGGAGUUACUGCUGGAAAGUCCAACACAAGCUAUCAUAACGACCGUCGGUAUUCGUGCUGCUGUAUAUUUAGAUAGAUAUAAUACUGAUUUUUCAUAUAUAUAUUUAUACAUCUAAGCUCUAUAAGUAAACAUUAAAUACAAAUCCAUUUGUGCGAGAAAAAAUGUUUAAAACGAUGAUAACGCCUACUCUUCUGACACUUCUUCGCGUGCUCAGCGGAAUACGCGCGCGAAUGUGUCUCCGUCCGGAGCUAGACUCAUCGUCGGUAUCGCUUUAUGCACAGCAGGUUCCUUCGCGGCUUUGUUCCUUUACGAUCAUGGCACCACUUAUUUCAAAGCACUUCAAGCUGUUCUAAGCGUCUGCUGUAUAGGAAACUGAGUGGCAGUAUUAUUGAAAAAAAAGUUUAAAAAUGUUUGUAUACAAGUAUGUUUAAGAGAAACAAACGACGGUAUUUUUCGGAGAAACGGGCAUGGAAAAGUGUACAAAUAUGGAUAGUGAAAUGCGUUUAUUCUGAAAGAGUGUUUGAUAUAAAAAAUUGAAUAUGGAUGAACCGGCGUCUGAUUCAUUUUUCUUGUAUGAUGACGACGACGAUGAGGAUUGCGAGGAUUGUGAUCAUCUUCAGAUGACCGAAUACGAUGAAUAUUACGACGAGUUGCCAGCACAGAGUUUUACCGAUAUUUAUAAUUACUGUCUUACACCGAGUAUUCACGAAACCGCAAAGUAUUUUUAUCCACUCGUUCUAUCGGCUUUAUUGUUUAGGAUUCUUGCACAAAAUCGAUACACACCCCCUCGAAUAUUCCAUGGUCUCUCCACCCUCAUUGGACUCUGGGUUAUACAACAUUAUGUCAAAGAAUGUUUUUAUUUAUUACUGUAUUUUGUUGCUGCAUCUUAUGCUUGCCUUUACUUACCAAAAGUCUUUCGAGGUGGUAUUAAGACAUUCCUGCCAAGUUUAAUCAUCAUUUUACACUGUGAAUGGUCUUUGGAUCCGGUGGACUGGCACAAGGUACGAAGUGUCAUUAUGAUCGCUUCUAUGAGAACUAUUAGUCUCGCAUCAGAUGUCAAGCUGAAGGAAGAAAUUCCUAGUAUUUUGGAAUACACAGGAUAUGUAUAUGGUGCUGCGACUGCUCUUUUUGGACCAUGGAUCUCGUUCAAGGAUUACACAGCUUUGCAGAACCUCCAUAAUCAAUGGAAUUUUUGGUGGAUCAUUGCCAGUGUCAAGUACUUUUUGAUCUCCUUUUUCUUUCUGUGCAUUUCUAAUUGUUGGGCACAGUGGAUACUCACGGACCACGCAGGAAAAUGGUUUCUCGCGUACAGGGAUGCGCUCGCAUUUCGAUCAUCCCAUUACUUUAUAGCGCACGCAACAUCUUCGAUUCUUAUCCUCGGGGGAUAUCCUUUGUCUGAAAUAACAAUUGUCAAACCCCUCGAGAUCGAGUUACCUCGUUCGCUCGUUCAGGUCGUUGUAUCUUGGAACAUUCCUAUGCACACUUGGCUGAAGUUGUACAUUUUUCGUCCGGCCAGGAGACGUCUAGGAAAGUUCAGUGCAGUCGUCCUGACCUAUUUCGCCAGUUCCCUCCUCCACGGUCUGAACUUUCAAUUAGCAGCGGUGCUUUUGAGUCUUGGAUUUUAUACUUUCAUCGAGUAUCAAUUGCGCAACGUUCUCGCUGAAACUUUCGACGCUUGUAUAGCAGCGAAAAAAUGUCCAGUCGACAAAUGCCCACACGCUAAAAAAUCAACCAAUUGUCUGUGGGUCAUUCUGACGAAUCUCGGUUUUUCAGUAUUAACCAUGUUCCAUCUUGCAUAUUUGGGUCUGAUGUUCGAUACGUCGGAGAUCCAGGAGACCGGCUAUAGUUACGAGCAUACCAUUCGAAAGUGGUCGCAACUCGGUUUUGCCAGCCAUUGGGUCGCUUUUGCUACAUACAUUAUAUAUUUUUUGAUACGGUAAAUUUUAUUUUGUCAUUUGUAUAUAAAAUUAAUAAAAGACUAACGUCUAUUUUGA